CAUUGUGCACUGCGCACAUAGCUGCUUUUCAAAGAUGGCGCUACACGGUAGUCCAGUAAGACCAGUUCUCUGUUAUCACCUGUAAAACUAUGACCUGAAAAAGACAGAUCCAAAAGCUAUAUUAUAACACAGAAGACAUUCCAAUAAUAUCGGACUAGCCUGUUUUGGCAUUAGUGAAGUAAAAUGCCUUCUCCUAAAGCGCGGAGCAGCGCGGCGCGCAGCGGCAGUGCUCCGUGUGCCGGUGGAAACGGGCGCUACGAGUUCAUCUCUCUGAACCGGACUCCCCCGCCGCACCUGCUGCAGAGGCAGGGCUCCGAUCCCACCGCGGCCCGGCUCCGAGCCUCCGAAAGCCCCAGCCGGCGACGCGGCUCGGGUUCGUCCACCUCCUCCACCGGCGGGCAGCAGCUACCGGAGGAAGACUGUAUGAAACUGAACCCGUCCAUCGUUGGGAUCGCGCUCAGCUCUCUGCUGGCCAUCGACCUGUGGCUGUCGAAGCGCCUCGGGGUGUGCGCCUGUGAGGACGCGUCCUGGGGCAGCAUGCGGCCGCUCAUGAAGCUCGUCGAGAUCUCCGGACACGGGAUCCCGUGGCUGGCCGGUGCCGCAUACUGCCUGUACAAAAGCGACAGCGCCGCCGGUCAGGAGGUCAUGCUGAACCUGCUCAUGGCCUUGGUUCUGGACCUGGUCCUGGUCGGCGUGAUGAAAGCUGUAGUACGGCGGCGACGUCCUGCCCAAAACCGUAUGGACAUGUUUGCCACGUUCUCUGUGGACGGCUAUUCCUUCCCAUCAGGCCAUGCCACACGUGCUGCAAUGUGCGCCCGCUUUCUGUUGGCCCAUCUUGUGCUGGCGGCCCCACUCCGCGUUCUUGUCCUGCUCUGGGCCACUUUUGUUGGUUUUUCUAGAGUUCUCCUUGGACGCCAUCACGUGACGGAUGUCGCGUUUGGUUUCCUCAUGGGCUACUGGCAAUAUAAUUUGGUUGAGAUGCUCUGGUUGUCUCCAGCCAUGUUGCAAAGCACGAUUGGACAGCUUCAAUGAGAAGUUAAGACUGAGAUCCCCAUUAUCUGAGGAUCUAGACACAUUUGUUUGCUGCCAGUAUGCUGGUAAUAAUUCCAUAAUGUCUGUCAAAUUGCUUUAUGUGAGUUUAUCACGUUUUCUUGAAUGUAAUGUCACAUAUCUUCUGCCAGUAAUAUCCAAGGUUUUAGGUUCACAUUAGAUCAUAUUGAACAGAUAAAUGAGUUUAAGUUGGAGAAGUGUAAACAGAUUUCACUUGAAGUUAUUUCUCUACUACUUCUGUCAGUACUGUGAUAGAUUAUUCCAGUCUUAAUGAAUCAGCUGCCGUCCAGUUCUGUUCUUUUGAGGAUUGGUCCUUAUCAAAGAAGGAUGGAUGGGUUGGCCUCUGGCUUCUGUGUGACAUCAGUGUUCUUGUUUACAGAAUAAAACCUCACCAUUGUGAUACUACAUUUUUAUAACACCUGAAACACUUGGCAUCAUCUUGAAGAUUUAGCUUCCAUUUUAAUUAAAAACCAGCCAGAUUUCUAAUUAAUAUGAAAAGCUCUUCAUGAAUGAAUAUUUAAUUAAACAUGGGAAGAGGAUUUGAAACGGGGGUAAAUUUCAGCGCAGAUCUAAUACCUUUAGGGUAUGCGGCGUCCUCAAUAGACAUUCACAGGGGAGUAGUUCUGUUAUCUCUGAAGGGUUGUAUAGGGUUCCUCAUUACACUGAUAUCUAUCCUCUGAAAAAGUCUUUUGUGUGUGUUUUAAAGCUCUGUUCUGUGUUUACGUCUGAAAAGAGUGAAAUUGUUCUUUUUCUGUGCUUUUAUUGUGACCGUGUUAACCACUGUUAAAUUUUAUUGCACUUUUUGACGCAGUCUUAUUGGUCUAUAGAAGUAUGCUGUAUUUUGCUAUGGUCUUAUUCAAACUUGCUGGUUAUUAAUUGGGUUAAAGCCACAGCUGUAAUUAUAGAGCCAUAAAUUACAUGAUAUGCUGCAAAUUGUUGCCAUAUAUCACAGGAGAACCUGUCAUAAUGUCCAUUUGGUAGCAUUAAGCAGGUGUAAAUUGCACCACGUUGGCCAUAAUUUUGACUAAAGUUAUGCUGAGUUGUCACUCUCAGACUGGACUAAGAAGUACUCUGGUAAUAUUACUAAUCAAGGCACUUUAAUAUGUCAUUGUACUGAGUGAUUACCAUUUAUGUACCACAGUCUUUACAUGGUGCUUAAAGGAAUAGUUCAGCCAAAAAUGAACAUUUGCUGAAAAUUUACUCGCUUUCAGGCCAUCCAAAAUAUAGAUGAGUUUCUUCAUCAGAACAGAUAUAGAGAAAUUUAGCAUUACGUCUUGCUCAAACAAUAGAUCCUCUGCAGUGAAUGGGUGCCGUCAGAAUGAGAGUCCAAACAGUUGAUAAAAACAUCACAAUAAUCCAAGUAAUCCUCAUGACUCCAGUCCAUCAGUUAACAUCUUGUGAAGAGAAAACUGUGUGUUUGCAAUAAACAUCUACAUCUUGGAUGGCCUGAGUGUAAGGUUUUAGCAAAUUUUCAUUUCGAGCUAUGAAGUGUCCCUUUCAUGGUCUUGACAUGUACAUGUGCUAAAAACAUGGUGUUAUCAAAGCACUGAUGUAACUUUUGUGUUAGUGGAGGUAUAUGUUGAAAUUUUCAAAUAAUUAUCUCAAUUAAGUGAGUAAGGGGGGGAUGGAUUUCCCAUUUGCGUUUUUUCCAAUGGACUUUUUAAAGCAAUAAACCCCAAGAAGCUGUGGUUUACAGUGAAUUUAUAACAGCUAAUGGGCGUUGUUAGGCACGACGCGAAGCGGAGCUGUUAUAAAUUCACUGUAAACCACGGCUUCACAAGGCUUAUUGCAUUUAUAAAACGGUUAUUGCAUAUAUGUAGCAAGGUUUCACAAAAUAAAACAAAGCAAAUAAAAUGUAAUGAUAUUAAUAAAAACAUUAUUCUUCCGCCAAAUAAUGUAGUUCCUCAGAAACAGGUGUGGUUGCAACAAAGUGGUUGCCGAGCAACACACAGACGUAAACAAAGGCGUGUGUUUGUAGAGUAAUUUACAACAGCUUCGAUCUUCUGAACACGGCUCAAUCAAUCAGAAUCAAGGACCGGAACUAUCUGUUGUAUAAUACAAUUUUGAGACUUAGUUGUUGACAAUUGAAAAUAAAUUUGUCAUUCUACUACUACUUCAUGUAUGUUUAUAUGGCCAAAAAUAUAUGGACGCUCUUAUAACCAGGUUUGGCUGUUCCUUUAAUUCCUCUGAGCACAGUCUUAAUGCUACACAUGCACUGACAUUAUAGAGAACUGGCUUCCAACAUAAAAUUAGAAAAAUUAACAUUUGUCCUCACAGAAACAUCUGAAAUAGCCAAACCCAUUAUUUCUAAGUGUCUAUAUAUUUUUGGACACAUAGUACAUCGUGUUACAUUCCAGUGGUUAUGCAGAAGAACUGAAUAGGAAAAAUAAAGAUUAUAUAUAGACAAUAUAGAGAUUGAUAACUCUGUAUUUUACAGUGUCUCUCCAUAUUAUGCAUUAUACUGUAUAUGUGAUAAAAAAUAUUUUUUUUUUUCCCCCAUUUCAUUUUCAUUCCAGUAUCAGGCAGAUGUCAAAUCUGUUAUUUCCAUUUUUUGUUUUUUUUAAAUCAGCAUGUGUCUGCAUGUUUAUAAUGAGAGUUUCUCACAUUCUUUUCAACCCUUUCAGGCUGGUUGAACAGUUGAAAGGGACUUUUGAAACACUGUUUCGACAAAUCCACCCCAAAAUCUGGAGAUUUUUCUUCUUUCUUUGAUAUUAGAUAUUUCUUCUCUGACAGCACAUGCCCUCAUAAUGAUUCACAGUAAUAAGUUUCUGGUGAAGGUUGUGGGCGUUUUGACUGUUUCAAGAGAGCCAUAUGCACAUUUUUCCUUCGCAAUAAUGGUGUUAUUUCUUGAAAGUGCUAUCGUUUGAUCAUUUGUGCAAUAUCACAAUUGACAGAUGGCAACCAAUAAUGUUAUUUUUAAAUUGCAAUAACUUUGUGCUGUUUUGGUGAUUGUUGUUUGCUAGGGUCCAUGUGUUAUUUAUUCUUUAGGAGAUAGAGAGGGAAGACAUUUUCAUUGAAUUCACGUGUUUUGGGUGUACAGUCAUUUUAAAAGGCUUCACCAGCUAUGUAUUUCACAAUCUGACAUUUGAUGGUCGUGUAGCCUGCAGUGAAAGGUGGCAAUUUACAUUCACCAAAGUCAAAUUUACAAGGGAUAUUUAUAAGCUUAUUGUGGUGCCUGCUAUGACUGUUGAUUAUAUUUGUGACGUAAAAUAUACUCUACAUCCAUCAUAAUGUGAUUGUAUUUUCUAAAUAAAUAUGAG